UACGGGUUCUAACGUGGUGUGCAAAUUAACGGGAGCCCUUAUUGGUGCGAUCGGUGAGAAGGGAAACCCGCGCGCGACAAGGCAUAACGCGCGCAUAGUUAGUGGUGUGCCACGAUAAACUCCUCGCGAGUGUCCGGGAAAAUCUAGUGGGCCGGAGCCAUCAUGGCGAAUCCACGAAAAUUCAGUGACAAGAUCGCGCUGCACAAACAGAAGGAGGCACAGGAGAGAGCGGCGUUCGAGGCGAUCAUGCGAGAGGUUUCGGGCGUCACGAACAGAGUCGCCUCGGCUAGCAGCUCGGUGGGCGCCAGUCCCACGGGAUCGUCCGGGGUACUGGAGACCCCGCUGUCCGUGAAGAGUGCCGGCGCCAGUCCACCGCAGUCCAGCGGGAAACACCUGCACAUUAACCUGGGGAAUCAGUUCAGGGCGGGCGGCUCGCUGCCGAACGUAAACAACAACGCGAAUUGCGGGACAGACGCGAAAGAGCACGCAUCGCCGAACACCGCUGCUAUCCACUCGAUCGACCUCAAGACUGCGCUCAGCAACCUGGAGGAGAUGCAGCACAAUCCUAUGGUGUACCGUAACAACGACAGAAGCAGAAACAUGGGGGUCGGACCGAUGCGAUCUCGCCCGAUGGAGAAGAGGCACGACACCUCGCCGUACAGCGGUGUCCCGUAUCUAUCGCCUCCCCCUCCAGACACCUGGAGGAGAACCAAUUCGGACUCCGCGUUGCAUCAGAGCGCGAACGAAGCUUGCCAGUCGGCCACCACCAUUCCCCAUCGACGAGAUCAGCACACCAUGAGCGGAUCCGGGAGCGAUAACAGAGAUCUCCACCACGGAUUCAUCGAACGGCCGAGAUCGUCCUGCGAAAUGCCUAGAGUGCCCGGGAUCAACAUAUACCCGAGCUCUCAGCCGCCGGGACAGCAGAUCCCCAUAGGCAACAAUACAGGAUCGUUGCCGGACCUGAGCAACGUCCACUUCCCGUCGCCUCUUCACACCCCGUUGGACCAGGAGGAUCACUCGAGCAGUACGCCGUUCAGCAACAGUCCUCAAACGAGCAGUCCCACAAACCUGUCGCCGACCAGCUUGGCUCAAGCUGGUAGGCUAUCCUUUUCACAGGAACACAAUCCGACCGGCGCCCAAAACCAUUUAUCAGUGCCUGUUAACUCUAGGUUUCUUCACACGUGUAAGGUCACGAUGGCUGUGAAACAGGGUGUGGCGCUGGAAAACAGCACAAGUACUUCGCAACAGGAUCUUCAGAACUAUACGCAACAACCGGUGCAGCCACCGCCACCGCCGACGGCGGCGUCCCACAGUCCGGCUGGCCACUAUAUUUAUCAGCCACCGCACAGUCCUGUGCCACCGCAAAGUCCAAAAUCGUCGCAAUCGCAGCAACAGCAGCAACAGCAGCUCAACUCCUUAGGUUCGUACAGGUCCUCGCAGCAGGUGAACAGGCCGUCACCCCAGUCAUCGCCUAGUCUAACGGUUCAAGGAAGCCCGUUGAGCUACAGCAACAAUCCAUCGGCGCCCCCGAGUCCCACAGGACACCCGGGUACACCGAAUCUGACGUCGGACGGCCUCGAUCAGUUCACGAUGGAUUGGCCGAAAUUCGCGCAGCAGCUCAUGGAACUUGGUUGCACCUGGACCACGCAGAUAGAGAUGGACACACCUGUGCCGACCAACUCGAUCGGAUCGUAUAUCGGAUCGCCGAACCACACCACGACCUACACGCAGAACGACGUGAUAAAUGUCGGAGGUGAAUUGGGCAGCGGAGACCCCGGUUAUUUCAGCACGAGCCCCCAAAUGGCGUAUCAGCCGACGACGACGAACUCCACCAACACCACCACCACGCAGCAGCUCACGCCGCAGACACCGAACACACCGACGAUCAUCCUCACCGACUUCUCCGUCGGCGACGACCUGACGAACCCCGAGUUCGUGAAAGACCUCGGCACGGCGAUGAUGAGCGACUUCGAUCUCUAUCCGUCGGAUGACGCUCUCAGGCAGGGCCUGGAUCCGAUCGACGUGGAUGGUCUACAAAUGCUCACCGACCCGAACAUGGUCAUAUCCGAUCCCAGCGCCGAGGCCCAUUUUAGGCUAGAUCGACUUUAAGGCGAGACAGUUUACUCAUUUGCGAUUACGCGCUGACUAUUAUUACCGUAGGAAUACAAAUUCUUAUCUGUCCUGGUGUCGCGAUUUAUUCUUGGGGCACUUUGACAAAUGGGACGGACCGUGUCUCGACCGGUCGCUUCGACGUACACACUCCCCCCUCACUCCGAACGAGAACCACGUUUUCCGGGACGUCGAGAUCAGUCGAGCGAUUACUAUCGACCGUGGUUCGAUCGCUCGACCCCCC